UACUACUUGCAAUAAUUUCUUGAUGUGAGAACAACAUCACAAGUGACGAAAAAGUUAACCAUUUUCGGCCCCAAGCGAGUUAUGUGUGUAGAUAGGCUGUGUUCGUACUCCUUAUACUUCGUAGAAAACUUAUAUAGUUCUGGCUAUCGCGUGUAACUCGCAAAGCAAACGUACUAAUGAAUAGGGGGAUCGGUAACGGACGCAAGUACCGAUCAUCAUCGAUAUUUCUAGACUGCGUAAAUUACGGGGGCGAUCCCCGGGUUAGAAACAGCCACAAUGUAAGAGUAAAAAAGUGAAAGUAUGUGUCGUAAUGAGCAAUUCUAAUAAGUAAAAUCAAUAAAGGAGGCGCAAUGAAUCCGAAAGGUCACACACUAAUAAGCUAGAAUUGUGUGUGGCUCGAAGUUGACUCGUGUGAGAUCAAAAAUUGACGGCUCUCCACAUUUCUGAAAUAAAUAAAAAGAGGGAAUGCAAGCUUUAAAAAAAUACAAUUCUCUUUUUUUCCGAAAAUCUAUGCAGCCUGAAUUGUAGAACAGAAAUGAGAACGCUGCACAAUAUUACUGUAAAUUUAUACUGCUUGCACUUAAAUUGUAAUCGCUCUCGUCUAAAAAAAAAAAAAGAAUGUGCCAUCAAUUUUGUCUCAUUUUACAAUGUUGGAUAGACUUUUGACAUAACGACGAUGAUAAGGGUUAAAUAUGUGGGUAUGAAAUCGCGAUUAUCUUCCUAAAGUGGGUUAUAUAAUGGUACAGUUAUAAUUACAGAACACUUGUCGAAUAGCGAUGACGUUGGACGUACAGAAACCACAUCCGCAGACAGAGAAAUGUUGGUGAACGCAAAUUGUCCGAUCAGGAUGAUACUAAAUUAUAUAAGAAAAAUUGCACGUAUCAGUAGCGAAUUUGAUUUGUGCGACGAAGUAAAUUGCCAACUGAGGAACGUGUCUUUUUACGAACCUUGUACAAGUGGAACGGAUAUUCUUCAAUCAGAUAUAGCAUACUUUAUUGUCACCUUUGAACGGGAUGAGAGCGGGCAAAUGACAAAUCUUACACCGCUUCUUACUACCAAGGCAGCCAAAAAAUAUUGCGACAUGCUAUCCAAGAUCCAAAGACCAUUGCGAAAAACUAUUAAGUCUGCGCUCAAAAAGAAUAACGCAUAAUAAA